GUACAAAAUCCAGCUACCUCGCUGGUCGGCGCCGAUAUAACGGCGGCUGCACUGCCUACACCAAACGGCCGCAAGCGCCCAUUUGCGGGCCAAGCGGCACGGGCUUUGCAGUCGCCGCCAACCAGUGCCACAUCAUCGUCAAUGGUGAGUGCUGGGUUGGCCAAUUCGCCGUGUGGCGGUUUCCCGUGAUGCAACCGUCGGACAUCCAGUUCACAUCCAACCCCAUCCUCCUUAAGUUCCUUGAUUUCACGCCCAGUGGCACGGAAGUGCCCAAAUUCAAUGCUGCUCGAGCGCAUGUGGAGGGUCUUGUGGAGAAAUCCAGCCCGACCCGGUUGCGCAGCAUAAUGCAAUAUCGAGAGCAUUGUUUGCAUGUUCCAACGCCGCAAAUCCGAGGGCUCCUCACUGCAUUGGCAGAGAGAGCCCAGCAACAAGUUUUUGAUGCAUCGGAUCCCGAACGGGACGCGGCCUUAAUUCAUUGCGUCCGCCUGGCCGUCGCUGCCGAGAAGGCUUACGACGCGCCCAAAAAGGUGGACGCCAAAUCCAUAAUUCAAUUGGGGCGCCGGCUGCUGAGAGAGGCAGGUUUGACGAUCCAGUCACCACGCUCUACUCAGCGGAUCCGGGAAGCAUUCAAAUUAGGGCGUGUCCAUAAAGAAGCGCACAUUGCACUGCACGCCCUCCUGCCCCGAAUUCCACUAGGCAAGGCUUGGCUUCCUUUGAAUAAAGUCACCUUGUCAGCCGCUGCCGGUCACGCCAUCCGUGACCGCAUGUUUCACCCCAAGUGCAUGAAUGGCCUUGCGGAUCCUUUGGAGCAUAUGGCGCUGGACGAAGUCGCCGGUGUCUUGUUCCACCACUUGGCCAGCGUUCCAAAUCUCCGAUCGUCCGUGCAGGUCUGCCCUGCCCUGAUCCCAACACCGCCCGGGGCCCCGUCCGCUGUGGACUGGUCAGUUUGGCGAAGAAGUCGCCUCCGCCAUGCAAUCGUCAUCACCUAUAAUAAGGCCAUCUGCAGACAGGUGAAGAAUCUGGAUCAAGCCAAAGCAGCUGAAACAAGGCAAGCAGCUGUGAAGAAAUAUGGUCCGUCUUUUCGAAACCAGCACCCAUCGGCCCUGAUAAGAGAGUCCAACCACCGCGAGUUUCCUUGCAAUGGCAGAAGUGACCAGCUCUGCAAAGCACGACUUGCAACACACGUGGCGGUUGCCUUAGACUUUUGGUGCCUGCAUCACUUUGCAUACAGCCCGUCGCAAUUCGAGUACUAUGCGCUCUUCAAGAAGGGUAUCUCGCCGGCCUGGCAGGACGAAGACCGCCAAUGGCAGCUGCUCCUCCGAAAAUCCACCGCGAAACUCCGGUAUGCGGCCGGGGUUGACGGUGCGGAGGAGCACCUCGGACUCGACAUUGUCCAGGCCCACGGACAGCGCGGACGGCUUUGCGCCACCGCGCUGGGUUCCGCAGCUGCAUGCUGCCUGCCAGCUGCGGACCAUGCUCUCCGUGACAGAGAACGCGCAGACUCGCUCCUGAAGAAGUUCUUGACCGAGGGCAAGAAGGCCUUCGUCGAACAAAAUGCCCGCACCGCCUGGGGGCUAGCACGUCACCGGGCACGACCCCCAACCGUACAGCAGGUGGUGCGGGAUCCGCGGGAGCGAGCAAGUGCGGCGGCUGCUGCGCGACAGGUCGACCUGUUGGCAGCCGAUCGCACCUCGCAACACCGCGUCGAUUACCUCCUUCAGACCCACAUCGACGCGGAGCCCUGGCGCAUCGACCGAGGCGCGCCAUCACGCAGCGGC